CGGCAAGGUGAGCGAGGUGGGGGUGCUGCGCUGCCCUCAUAGCUAUAGCCGCCGCUGCCCCGAGCGCAGCCCGUGCAGGUUAAGCAAAAUGCAGGCUCCUGUGGCUUUCCUCGGCUCUCCAGCUCUGUUCUGGUGGUGUUCCAGGGCUCUGGCCAGACCAGCUUCAGUAUCUGUUUUCAGCAGGCCUGAUAUUCAGGCUGUACAGGCAGUUGGCGUGUCCCAUCCACAGCUGACCCGCCAUGGGUUCCAGACCAGCACCAUGUUCAGGGACAUCGACACGGCCGCCAAGUUCAUUGGUGCUGGAGCUGCCACAGUUGGAGUGGCUGGUUCAGGAGCAGGUAUUGGGACAGUAUUUGGCAGCUUGAUCAUUGGCUAUGCCAGGAAUCCAUCUCUCAAGCAGCAGCUCUUCUCCUAUGCCAUCCUGGGCUUUGCCCUGUCUGAGGCCAUGGGUCUCUUCUGUUUGAUGGUGGCAUUCCUCAUCCUCUUUGCCAUGUGACAACUUCUGGUCCUGGCUGCGGCUUCCAUCAGAGCGUUCCAGACUGACAAUUAAAGAAAAGAUUUCUCUAAAUUAAA